AGAACUCAUCAAGUCACUUUCACUUGUGUGACUCUGAGCAGGCCGGGUUUCAUCUACGUCUCGUCCGUGGUGGAGAACGACGUCGAGCACCAGGCACCGUCGACGCGCUCGGGGCUCCGCGACCUCUAUCGCGCGUCCAAGCUGCUGGUCAUCUCGAGGGUGUCGGGCCAAAAGGUGCUGCCGUGGAUGGUGUCCACUUCCGGCGCCAUCCGGUGCUUCGACACCGUGUCCCUCAGCCAGAAACUGUCCCUGCACCGCCACGCUCUGCGCCCGAUCCUUCUUCACGUGCUCAUGUGGGACGGCGAGUCCGACCCGCCGACUCUGCCAGCGCGCGAGCCCGCCUGCCCGCUGCCGCUGCCGCUGCCUUUGCCGUCCCCGGAGUUGCCGCGGCACAACUCGUUUGCGUGCGUCGAACAGCGCAUGCAGACGGAAGGGGACCCCGGGGUCAUGCACGAGAGGGAUACCGCUGGGGAUGCAUCCUUCAGGUUCCAUAAUUUCUCGCUGCCCAACAACUGGGUCUGA